UCCCUCCGAUAUAAAUACCCAGCUCAUAACCAUGUUUCUCUCUCGGAGCAAUAUUUUGCCUCUAUUGCAGUUAUUACCAAAUUUUCACACAAAUACGAUCCUCAAAACUACCCUCUUCCAUUUAAUUGUGGCAGCUUUUCAGGUAUUUCUGUACAAUGGGUUCUAAAUCAGUUGUGGAUUUGAUAGAGGACUCCUCAGGGGUUCAUUUUUCUGGUUUUCGUAUGGAUGGUUUGGAGGCUAGGAAUACAGAAAUGGGGCAUACAACAACUUCUACGCCUGGAAACGUGCAUAAACAGCCUUUUGUUAUUGGAGUUGCUGGGGGAGCUGCUUCUGGUAAGACUACUGUUUGUGAUAUGAUUAUUCAGCAGCUUCAUGAUCAACGUGUUGUAUUGGUUAACCAGGAUUCCUUUUAUCACAACCUGUCAGAAGAGGAACUUGCUCAGGUUCAUGAAUACAACUUUGACCAUCCUGAUGCAUUCAACACUGAGCAGCUAUUACAGUCUAUGGAGAAGUUGAGGCAUGGAAAAGCUGUAGAUGUUCCAAACUAUGAUUUCAAGAGUUAUAAAAGCAAUGUCUUUCCCGCAAGAAGGGUUAAUCCUUCAGAUGUUAUUAUUCUGGAAGGCAUACUUGUUUUCCAUGAUCCUCGUGUCAGAGAGUUGAUGAACAUGAAGAUAUUUGUUGAUACAGAUGCUGAUGUACGUCUAGCAAGGAGAAUAAGGCGUGAUACUGUUGAGAAGAGCAGAGAUAUUGGUGCAGUACUUGAUCAGUACUCAAAAUUCGUGAAGCCUGCUUUUGACGACUUUAUACUUCCAACGAAAAAGUAUGCAGAUAUCAUUAUUCCUCGUGGAGGAGAUAAUCAUGUGGCCAUUGAUUUAAUUGUGCAACAUAUUCGCACAAAACUUGGCCAGCAUGAUCUUUGUAAGAUAUACCCUAAUUUAUAUGUCAUUCAAUCCACUUUUCAGAUUCGCGGUAUGCAUACCCUUAUACGUGAUUCUCAAACAACAAAACAUGACUUUGUCUUUUAUGCUGACCGGUUGAUUCGUUUGGUUGUUGAACAUGGACUGGGGCAUUUACCGUUUACAGAAAAGCAAGUGAUUACUCCAACUGGAUCUGUAUACACUGGUGUAGAUUUCUGUAAGAGGUUAUGUGGUGUCUCUGUUAUCAGGAGUGGUGAGAGUAUGGAGAAUGCUUUACGAGCAUGUUGCAAAGGUAUCAAGAUAGGCAAGAUACUAAUUCAUAGAGAAGGUGACAAUGGUCAGCAGCUAAUCUAUGAGAAAUUGCCACAAGACAUCUCAGAGAGGCAUGUAUUACUAUUGGAUCCUAUUCUUGGGACAGGUAACUCAGCUGUUCAUGCUAUUUCUUUACUUAUAAGCAAGGGUGUACUAGAGUCCAACAUUAUAUUUCUGAAUCUCAUAUGUGCACCUCAGGGUGUGCAUGUGGUUUGUAAACGAUUCCCGAGAAUAAAGAUUGUGACUUCUGAGAUUGAUAUUGGUUUGAAUGAAGAUUUCCGUGUCAUUCCUGGCAUGGGUGAGUUUGGAGACCGGUAUUUUGGUACAGAUGAUGAUGACCAACAAAUGUCAACCUCUUUUUCCUCCACCACAACAGUUUAACUAGCCUACCGGUCUUUUCCCAGAUCAUUAUCCGCGGAAGUUUUGAGAAUCAACAUUAUUAACUUUGUUGUGCGGGCGAUGUGUUUUCAUUUUUCAACAAUUCUGAUUUCUUCAAACCUAGAGUUUCAAUUUUGGAUAUUUGUUCUUUUCUUUUUCUUGAAACAUUUUGAGUUACACCGGGGGGUGUUUGAUAUAGCUUGUGUGAACCAUCUUGUUACACUUCUUUCUGCCUUACUGCUACUCAACCUCCCCCACAUAGAGAUGGCCUUAAAUUUGCUUGGCAUAUAAGAGCAGUGUCACAACAUCAAACUGCUUGACAAGCCUCUCUUUGAUAUCGGUAUUUAUGAACCAAAACAUUUAUAAAAUUCCUUCAUUUUU